UUCACGGGCCCAGCAAAAGCUGUGCCUAUUUUGCCGGAACAGUUCUGCAGGUUGGUAGUAAGUGCUGCUGGUGAAGUGUGGAAUAGUGUGGUGGAGCACGGGAACUGCUACAGGCCCCAGCGGUGAUGCAAUCGAGUCGAGUUUUCCUCCCCACACCAAUUCCCAGCCGAGCGUGCUAGACGGUAGAGGGGAAAACAAAUCACAGCUUCACCUUGUGUGCACAUACAUCCCAAUCACGCCAGCGGGUCCGACCGGAAGUGUAAAGUUCUGCUGGACGGGGGACAUUUUUCAGGCCUCUACGCUAUGUGCGAAUUUGUGUUGCACCUUCACACAGUGCCGACUGUGAUUUUCAGCCGAGAAUGAUUGAUCUGUGGUGUGUGCUUUUUCCUAACUACGCUAGUCAGAACAGAACAAUGUGUGUGUGUGUGAGUGCGUGUGUCUGAGUACGUGAAGGGGUUGGCAGAAAAGGUGGUAGCUUUCCCCCCACCUCCCCAUAAAAAUUUGCUAUCGAUUUAAUCUUCUAGCCGCGACGUAGCGCGCCCCUGUUUUUUUUAUGCUGCGCAAACGGAGCGCCAUGCGUUUUCGUCCCUUUGCUAGCUCUUUUUUUGUUGUGUGGCGUAGAGUGAAAAAGAUAUAUCCCCGUUUCGCGACGGCAACAGUCCUUCUCUCAUCAAACGCUUUAAACUGUCGCAGUAAUAUUCGCUGCACACACCUUUCUCCCCGGCCGUGCCGACACACGCACGCUAGUUUACGUCGCACGCGCGCGUGCCUGCCGAAAGAGUGUUAGAAGAUUUUGGGCUGAACUGCAUACACCCACAGCAAAACAGCAGGCCUAAACGUUUUACUAAGAAGCAGAAACCACUGGAACCAGUAUCGUUGCAACACAUAAAGCAAUCGGCCACACGAUCCGAGCUACGGAACUGGAUAUUCGAUUAUAGCAACCAUAGCAUUCAUCUGGUGUAUGUGUGUUUGUGUGUAGCACAUGCAGACAAAGCGUAACCAGUUGGACUGAGUUUUGACUGUACCAAAGAAAAAAAAACAUCAUCCAUUGCAACAGCAGCCAAAAGAACGCAUAUCCUGAACGGUAAAAUCAUCGCGCAAAAAGUAAUCGACGGGAAAGAGGGAAUCACGUGUCAUCAUCGCCUUACUCUUCCUUUUUUCGGAGUAUCACGGGAAGCUUCUGUACACGGAGAGAAGCUCACCAGGCAACACUGCUAUCGGCCUAGCGAAUCGGCUACCGGACCAUCAAGUAAGUUUUCCUGCGGCCGGUCAGCGUGCGCGUCUCGACUUACAGAGGACGACGGUAAUCGCCCCGUGUAUUCGAUCGAUUGAAGUACCCGUCCCGGAAAAACACACACAAACAUACACACACACAGACACAGACACAGACACAGACACAGUGAUUACAGUUCGGUGGUGGUUGCGGUGGGACCAGUAACACACGGUAUUGGUGGUGGCUGUAGGCUGUGGUGUGCCGGGCGCGCGCUAGUAUGACGCUUGCUGAGAUGUACUCUUUCUCGACCAGUAGUAAAUCCGGUGCGAACAGCGGCGGAAGUUCGCUAGUGUCGUCGACGACCUCAUCGUCCGGUGGUUCGUCGACCGUAUCGACGUCGUCGAUCGUCGGCGGAGAAGUGGCCGUUACCGCUGCGUCCGCGUCCGUUGGGGCUACGAUUCAAUCGAUGGUUGCGUCGGUGGUGGCCGACCCUCCGGAGCUGGUCGCUGGUGCUGUGGAGCGUACGCCGGGCGCCGGUUGCCUGCCGGCCGUGUCGAGUGCGGCUGCCACGUCGACGGCGCUCACGAGCUCGGCCGCGGUUGCGAUCCUACAGCAAGCGCCGCCAGCCAGCGGUGCCGUGUUGUCGGCCUCUCCGCGCGCGGAUCAGCUCGUGCCGAAGUUGGGCGGACCGUCGCCGAACAACAGCAGCAGCAGCGUGUGCAGCAACGGUAGCAGCACCAGCAGCGGCAUGUUUCCCGAGGUGUUCAAGCUGGACGACAUGCUGGAGCUCGAGAACGUGGGCAAUGGUGCGCUGAGCGAGAAUGGCAGCACCGGCGGUGACUUUCAGCUCGACAACAGCUCCCUGUCGGAUUUGAUGGAGCAGGACUGCACGCUUUGCAAGAAUAAAUUCACUUCGCCCCGCGUGCUCUCCUGCCUGCACGUGUUCUGCGAAAGCUGCCUGGACAAGCUGCUGGCGGAGGGUGCCGGCGACAAGGGUCUCGAUGGCGGGAAUGGCGGCACGAUCGUUUGCACCAUCUGCAAACAGGCGACUCCCACCGGUCCGAAGGGUGCCGCCGGGCUGCAUCAGGAUUACAUUCUGAGCAACGUGCUCGAUCUGUCCACCAUCGAGCCGGCGCUGCUGGCGUGCACCUCGUGCAAGAGCAAGGAGAUGGCGAUCUCCCGCUGCAACGACUGUGCCAACUUCCUGUGCGCCAGCUGCGAGUAUGCGCACCAGCACAUGCGCUGCUUCGAGGACCACAAGGUGGUGCAGCUGGCCGAUCUGCGCAAAUCGGCGGAGAAGGUGGCCAUUCACAAGCCGCUCUACUGUCCGGUGCACUCGAUGGAAAAUCUGAAGUACUACUGCUUCAACUGUCAGACGCCGGUGUGCAAUGAGUGUUUGAUCGGCGAUCAUAAAGGUAGCGAACAUAACUACCACAUCAUCAGCGACGCCGAGAAGCCGAUGCGCCAGGAGCUGGAGUGUUCGAUGCGCGAGGCAAAGUCGAAGAUCGAGUACUGCAAUCAGGCGACGAGCAAGCUGGAAUCGUCCCUGCACGACCUGCAGAGCCAGUACGAGACGGCGCGCGGCCUCAUCAACGAGUCGUACCAGAGCUGCAAAGCGGUGCUGGAGCAGUGCCGGGAGAAUGCGCUGAAAAAUCUGGAAAAGCUGCACUCCGAGCGCGAGCUGAAAAUCAUGGACCUGUACGACAACGUGGCGAAAUCGGUGGAGAAAAUCGAGGUCGCUGCCAAGUACGCCCGCAAGGUGGUGGAUCAAGCGAACGGGCCGGAAAUGCUGAGCAUGAAGAGCAUGAUAUGCGCCCAGCUGAACCAGGUCAUGGUCACCGCGCCGAAGGUGGAUGUCAGCUUCUCGAUCGAGUUCCAGAGCAACUACGAGAAGUUCGAGCAGCUCGUGCCGGAACUGUUCGGCAAGUUCCGCACCGAAUCGUCGCUGCCGGUCAGCGUGAACGAAACGACCCCCUCGCCCACGCUCCCGGGCGUGCCGAUCAUGGUGGCCGAUGCGCACCACCAGCCGGUGAACGGUGGCUGCGGGCUUAGCCAGGGUCCGCUGACCGCGUCGGUAACGGCGAGCAGUCCGAUCUCGCUGCCAACGUCGAUGCAAUCGUCCUUCGACGGCGACAUUUCGACGCUCGGCACCACGUACAUGCUGCCGAACGUGCUGACCCCGGAACCGGCGACCGGUGCGGCCAACAUUGCCGGCCCGCCCAAUGCGCUGAGUGCCGGCACACCGUCGCCGGGCGUGGUCGUCGGUACCGGUCCCGCCACCACCCUGCCCGGGCUGUCCAGCAUCGCCGAGUAUAAUCUUCACCGGCUGGCAAAUCUGGCCGGCGAGACGGCGUCGAACGAUCUGACCGAUUCGAUUGUGCCGGUGGUGAACAGCAACCCUACCACCGGGCCGGCCGGUGGGGCCACGCCCAACUUUACGCUGGCCGACCUGAUCUCCGGCAACCAGCACGCGAUCCAGGCGCUCGCGAAGUACUCGAUGGGCGGCCAGGACAUGAGCAACGGUGCGAUGCUUUCGGCCCACCCGAGCCUGGACAGUGUACCGAUGAUGAGCGAUUUCCCCGGCGUGCUGCCGGGCUCGACAUCUCCUAUCCUGCCCGUUCCACCGAACAUGCCAAACAUAGAUGGACCAGGAAUGAAUGGGGCUGGUAGCGAUAUGGCCAUGAGCCGCUUCCAGCCAUCGAUGUGUGUGAAUGGGCGUACGAAGGCCACGCCGAUGCAGAUUCGGACCAAGUUCGGCUCGCUCGGGCAAACGAAGGGCCAGUUCAACUCGCCGCACGGUUUCUGUCUCGGUGUGGACGAGGAAAUCGUGGUGGCCGAUACGAACAAUCAUCGCAUCGAGAUAUUCGAAAAGAACGGAACAUUCAAGUUUUCGUUCGGCGUACCGGGCAAGGAGGAGGGUCAACUGUUUUACCCGCGCAAGGUGGCAGUGAUGCGCACCAGUGCCAAGUUUGUCGUGUGCGAUCGGGGCAACGAGCGCUCGCGGAUGCAAAUCUUUUCCAAGAACGGCCAUUUCAUCAAGAAGAUCGCCAUCAGAUACAUCGAUAUCGUUGCUGGGUUGGCCGUUACAAACAAGGGGUUAAUCGUAGCAGUGGACAGCGUCUCGCCGACCGUGUUCAUCAUUUGUGAGGAUGGCAAUCUCAUCCAUUGGUUUGAUUGCAGCGACUUUAUGCGCGAACCAUCCGACAUAGCUAUUAAUGGCACCGAUUUCUUCGUGUGUGAUUUCAAGGGACAUUGCGUGGCCGUAUUCUCCGAAGAAGGUACGUUCAAGUAUCGUAUCGGCAGUGAGAAGAUUACCUGCUUCCCGAAUGGUAUCGAUAUAUCCGAUGCUGGAGACGUGCUGAUUGGCGAUUCGCACGGCAAUCGCUUCCACGUCGCGUGCUAUUCGAAGGAUGGGCAACUGCAGUCUGAGUUCGAAUGUCCCUAUGUCAAGGUGUCACGAUGCUGCGGUCUUAAAAUUACCUCCGAGGGAUAUGUGGUAACUUUAGCGAAAAAUAAUCAUCAUGUCCUGGUACUGAAUACGCUCUACAUUCAGUGAUCAAUAGCGGGGGCACGAAUACUGAAACCUAAUUACUGAGCCAUCCGGCACACAUUCUCUUCUAACAACGUUGAUCCUAGUGCACGUUAAAUCCCCCAUCCCUCGCUUCCCACGGGCCGUGAGUAUCAUAUUCAUCUAUCCUAUGGUUUAUUUAUGACAUUCACCAUUCCACGCCAUGCCUACCAACGCGUGUUUGAAUGCGUCCAUCAUCCAGUGAAGCAAUUCGGCGAUCGCUACACCAGCAGCAAUAAUGGGAUUCUUCACAGAAACAAAAGAAGAAGAAAAAAACACAAAAAACAAAACUCUGAUGGCCAUAGGAAAACGGUGGGGGAAUCGUUAUUAAUCGAGCUUUCGUGACAUGGGUUUUAUGUCAUGAUACUGCUUAGUCUGUACGUUUAUUAUUCGUUUGGCGACUGAUUCGCCAUUUGCAAUUAAUUAUCAACCUUCCCCGAGCUCUAAACCCUCCAAAUGCGCACGGCAAGGCAUGUGAGAAGGCUUCAUUUUAUUUGAGAGAGACGGAUGAAUGAUAUUAUUUAAUUUUUGUAGAACAAAGAUUAUCAUUAUUAUAAUUGUUUGUAUUCUUCGUAAGUAACGUUCGCAAAUCUGUAAUCCCCGUUUGUUUAUGUUAAGCAAUAUUUAUUCUCUGAAGAUGACAACAAACAACAAUACAUGAUCUCUGUUUUUAAUGUGUUUGCAUAACCUUAGUGAGACAUUGGUAGCAAGGAGUGAAGGCAUACAGUUUUAGUAGUUUUAUUUUCGUCAAAACAAGAACGUACUGUGGGGUUUCCUAAGAUUGAAAAAGCGCCUGAACUAUAAUAUAUUUACAGUGGUGAAGCAUGUUUAGCAAGAGAGGAUUAUAUAACGCGUAGGUCGUAAAUAGUGCACCAUCGGCGAACCUUCAUACACAACGAGCGUGCAUUAUUCGUAGCAAACACAACAAUAUUUCGCAUUUAUUGCGCUGGAAAGUAUCUCUACAUCUAUUUACGACGGCAGUACAAAAGUAACACAACUUUUGAAAGAGAGUCCAAACAUUAAGUAGCAUUCACUGUAAAUAGUAUCGAAAUAUGGCACAGCGUUUGAUCUACAACAACACGCCAAGUACAGUCGCAAUGGCAAGAUAUGUUCUCAAACGCGAUCGAAUGAAAAAUGUUCUUGCGAAUGCGUCACCAAAAGGCAAGCUAAGACACGAAGCUUCCGAAUAGUUGGAGGUUGUAAAUGUGCAAGGUGUGUCUACCAUUUCACAAAAAAAUAUGUAUUGGCCGUUGCAUUAUCGCAUCCUGCAUGGUCCUGCAAGGAGCCCAUUGGGGUGAACAACAUUAAAGAAACAUUAAAAGAGCGUAUUUUCUGUGUCGAAACUCGCACUUUCCUAAAUGGUAAAACUAGGGAAUGUGGGAAUGCGUUAUGAUCAAUACAUAUAUAUAUAUAUACAUAUACAUACAUAUAUUUUUUGAAUCGAGAAUUAGAAAUAUUACCCUAUGAAAAAAAGAGCUAGCCAACAAAAGAGUGAAAAAGUGAGAGAGGGAACGGAAAGUGAAACGCUAGCAUGUUUAUACACUUGAUCGAAAGUCCUAACAGCAAUACCAUUUUUUCCAUUAACCGAACGUUUUUGUAGGAAGGUUACGCGCACUGCUGCAUGCACUACAAAGUGGUUGACGUGGAUGUAAAAACAGUAGCAACUAAGAAGGAACGUAAAUGAUUUGUAACUGCACCGCGCCGCUCCUCCUCUUACGAACAUUUACUAUUUAGGUUUGUGGGGUUAUGUGUUGUUAGUAGGGGUUUGUUCACUACUUCCUAAAAUCAUGUUCCACGUUUUUUAUCCUAUUUUAAAUAUUCUUUUAUUAGCUUAUUGUUUAAGACACAGCGAGAGACUUUUAUCGUCGCUAAGGUAGUUUUAUAGUAUCACUUUUUAGUGGCACCCGUGUUAACGGGAUUUUUUUUACCUGUCGGGGUUUUAAUUGAUGCAGAAAGACAAUGCUUUGUGAUUUUUUUUCGUAGUUCCGUAAUUUUUGAAAAUGUGACUUUGCGAUUUCUCGCACUGGAGCUUUUUUGAUCGUUGAAACAGUCCACCAGUAAACAAUGUAUUUUUCUUAUUGGAUAGAUUUUCUCCCACCAACAAACCGAAGCGAGACUAAAUUUGUUUGUAAAGCUUUAUAAUUUCUUAUCCUUUGAAUUUGAAAUGGUUAGCAGUAUUUAUUUAUAUUUUUUGUUUCCAACCGUAAUUGUUUUUUUUAAUAUGUAUAUCUGUGUUCGUUGAAAAUCGCAAAGCUCAAUAAUUUUAUGCUGUACCAUUAUUAAGAACAACAGUCGGUUCCUUUUUAAUCCUAAUCGGUUUUUCUUGGGAUAAAAAUUAGUUUAAGUUAUGGUUAAAACGUUUAUUUCUUUCUAAUUAUAGCUUCACCCGAAACAUUUGAAUUGGGCGUAAGAUGUAUUGGCUUACGUUAAUGCUAUGUGAUCAUUACGUGGGAUUUUACAACGUGCCGUAUAUAUCCGUAUGUAGAACGAACCGUGUAGCUGGAGCGACAAAAAUAUAUUGCUAGUCUCAAAGUUGACUCAACAAAAUUCAAUUCAUGUUAACAUACCUGUUUUGAGCCUAAUGUUUGUGCCGCAGAUCGAUUGAUUGUGCUGCGUUCGUUUGGUCUUUAAUUGUGCAAUGUUUUUUUGUUUCAUUUUUUACAUGUUAUACUAGUAGAAAAAACAAUCGAAAAACAAUUGUAGGGAAACAAUCGGGAUGGCAAUCAAUCGAUUGACACCGUAUUUUGUACUCCUAACUAUAACCGCGGUUGGUCAUGCAAGAACUCCGGAAUGUAAAUUAUCUGAAGAUGUUUAUUUCUCUUCUUUCGUAUAAGUCGAUCGUGGACUUGGAACAGCUAUGACCUAUUGGUUUACUGUGACGGGCUUGUUGUAAAGUCGUACGACGAUGCUAAAACACGCGGAAAUAUACGGCACGCAAUAUAAAUAUUCCCGGAAGAAUGUUUAAAGAAGUCAAAGUAGGGGCUAACGCUUAAUUAAUGAUUUGGGCACACAUUUCAUAAAUCACUAAAAGACAAAGAAUGUUUCUUAACAAAAAGAAGUUAUUUUAUUUUUCAUGUGAAUCUCGUUCAUUUUAAAGUGCAUUUUUGUUUAGAUACAUAUAUGUGUUUGCUUUUGUGUUCUCACAAUAGAAUCUCGAAGAAGGUAUUUUUUGUGUUCAAUGCUGCAAAUGAAACGAGUAUCUCUUCCCCUCACCCCGAACAUCCGAGCGAUAUUGGAAAGCAAUAUUUGAAUGCCAUAUUUUUUAUAGUUUAUCAAAUCAGGUUCAUCUACAAAUGCGGUUCGUGAAUUAUAAUAAUUGGAAGGGAAUCACUAUAGCAAAUUAUGGGGCAUGAUUUAUUAAUAUUGUUUAACCCUUGUGCAGUUGAAGCAGAGGAGGGGUCUCAAUAAUUUUAUAUGCGUAGUUUAUGGAGUGUGGCGAGUUACUGGUUCUGAGCUCUUUUUAUGUUAAUCCACUAGACAUAUUUGAUAUUUAUCGCGUCAUUCAUUUGUGUGCAUUUGCAGUGUUUUUGGAUGAAUGAUAUUUUUUACGCUUGGUUAAAAUUUAUACAUCCUUCAAAAGACAAACGUUUGUGGCUACGGUGUGCGUACUUGUGAGUAGAGGAAUUUGAUUGUCGUCAUAAAUUAUAGCUAGCCAAAAAAGAAUGCUUCCGUUACAAAUCUAGAACAGCAUUUUUCACUUUGAAGAAACAAUACAAAAAUAUACAAAAAAAACUAUAUAUAUAUACCUAGAUUGCAAGCGUUUAACAGAAGGAAUGUUAUAUGAAAUGGAAAAAAAUACCGUUUCACAAGGUAGAGAGAAAUCUAAUCCAAAGCAAAAUAUUUUAUAAUUGAAACAAAAUAUUUUUUGCCUUAAAUUUUACAUUUAUACAUCUAUGAAUAGUAAUAUUGCAACGAUUUUAGAGUGCGCAAAACGAGGCGAAUGAGGAAAACAGCCCCUUCUUAUCAAUUAGAAGGGUAUGCUGUACGUAGAAUGCAAUCGGAAAAUAUACAACCAGUACCGUACUAGGGUAAAUGUACCUAUAGUGGUGGUAGUACCAAUAGUGGUGGUAUUGCACUAAAAUGCGGUUCAUACGGCAAAUCACAAGUAAUUAAGUUAUUUAAGUUAGUGUAAAAUGUUCUUUAGCCUUUUACAAAGGUUUUAAAAGUUAAAUGGGGCCAUUCCGUUACUUAGUGACCGAAAAAUCCAUUAUUUUGUGAAAUGUGUCAACAUUUUUCCAAAAUCCUUAGUAUUUCAUAACGAAACUCAUAUUUCUGUUAACGUUCUAAAUGACCAUAUAACCACGCAAUUACUAGUUUUUCAACAUAACUGUUAUGAAAUGUUACUGUUUUACUAAAAUUAUUUGCCUUUUGACCAUAUUUAUGCAUUUUUAAGUGUUUUUUACCAUAGUGCCAUUAUAGGUACACAACACAGGCAUGUUCCUAUAGUGGUUAUAGUUAUAAAAUCAAUGAAAACAGGUCGUUUUAGAUUUUUUCGAGGAUAUUUUUGACAUGUCGUAUUGUUUUCACUAAAAUAAUCAACAGAAAUGAGUUUUAUGUAGGUAAUUUACCAAAAACAGGCCAAAAUUGGCUGAAUAAAAAAAUGACUUCAAAUCAAGCACACUCUUCCGGGUGUAGGUUGACGACAGGUGUGAUGCAGUACUUUUGUCAAUAGUUUCAUUGAUCAAAUUUAUACAUUUUGUUACGAUCAAAUCACGCAAGAAACCAAUAUUAUGGCAGUAAUCUGUGCUAUUCAUACGCAAACAGCUUCAAAACUAAGUUUCAUUGAUUUUAUACACCGUUUUUGAUGCAUCUUUGUUUACCACCACUAUAGGAACACAAUACGACGACUAUAGGAACCAUACCACCAUUAUAGGUACAACGAAGCAGUCACAAAAAUAUGUAUUUUUUCGUAAAUUUGAUGUAUUUCAUGAUAAAAAUAGUUGCGAUUGCGUAGAUAAAACAUAUUCCAAUUGGUAUGUGUUAAAAUAUUCAGAAAUUGUCCUUCCUGACACUUUAAAUCCAUUAAAACACAUCGGUACCACUACAAAUUGUACCACUAUUGGUACAUUUACCCUAUACUAUCAAAUGGCAGUAAGAUAUUUUAUUUAGUUUCGCUAAAAUCAACAGAUACAUGCGCGUGUCCGCAUGUAUCGUUUGCAGAGCUGUAAUGUUUGGCGUACCUUUAAACACGAAAAAGAGAUGAAAAAAAAACAAGAUAUGUGAGAUUUUUUUAAACGUCUACCACAUCAAGUCCAAAUUAGUAAAGCAAAAACGAAGGAAGGUAUAGGAUGGCAGGAAAGAAAUAAAACCAAUAUGAUAAUAGACGAAUAAAUUCAUAAUCAAGUACAGUUAUCUCAACGUUCGCAUCCCACGGAUACUAGAACUAAAACAUUAAAAGUUCCUUCUCAAAUCAAUAAAUCAAUCGGGCUGCGUAAUCGUUCACUGGUGGUAGAUACUGUAACAUCUCGAAGUAAACUUACAUCUGCUGGAAAGAGCUAUGUUGCCCCGGGCUGGAUUGAAUUUUUCGUGUAGAUUCAUUUUAGUUAACACAGUCACAAUACCAUCUUGCACUGCUGUCCGAAUGAUACUUCCUUCGGCACUUUUAUGACCCGCCAAACGAUUCUACACACCAAGCCGAACACACUCUGCAGUACGAAAGCAGUUCCUUAGCAAUUUUUGCCAGCAUAUUUAUAGUUUUAGUGUAGGUUUUACGGCACAAAUAAAAGCUGAAAUUUGAUACGCUUUUACUUUUUAGUUACGCUUAGCCUUGUUUGUUUUAUUUAAUUAGACUAGAAAUUGCACGAUUGACUUCCUUGUUAGGUUUGUGACUAGAUGAUAAAAUUUGUUUACAGUUUUUGUAACACAAUGUUUUUUUUGUGUGUUUUCUUAUAUGGUUAGGGAAGAAUUUUGUUUUGACUUAAUUUUAUGACAGUAGCAAAGAAAAAGUCAAUCAUUUAUUUGCAAUAUAUGAACAUUGCCAAACCAGAAAAUGUAUAAUGAGAAAUCAUAAUUACAACACACCCCUUUUGCAAAAGAUCUAUUUGCGAUGAGAGCUUGUCAAAAGUUAUUUAAAAAGUAACGAAACUCCGAAAGCAAUGUUAUACACUACGAAGAGCGACACCUAAUUCCUAAGCACCUUCGUUUCUGGUUCUGCAUAAUUAUCCUAACAAAAGAAAAGAAGUACUAUGAAGCAAAAGUACUAAACAUUAUUUUUUCUUUCUUGCAUAAUUCCAUACCGUCUGAACAGUUUCAUACAUAGAAUGGAACACAGGUGUAUAAAACAGGCAUGAACACAUAUCAACGCUACAAAAUCCAUUGUAUAAAGUCAAUUUUAGAAGAAAAACAAUCCGCAACAAAAGAAUCGCCUAAUUAUGGGCAGUUGAUUGGAGUUACUUACCUCUUUCAGUCUAAACUAAAUAUGUAUUUUUUCCGUUCGGUCAUUGAACUUGCUCAGAAUGGCUCACGGGGGUAGGAUUGUAGGUUGAUAAAAGAACAACAACAGCACAUAAUGGAAUAUUUUUGAAUCUGCCAGUUGGCGGAAAGAUCCGAUUAGUAACAUCCUCCUGAAGUAUGUAUGCAACAGUGCAGUGUUUUAAGCAGAAUAAAAAAUAGAGACUAACUUAACCUGUUAGAAAAUAUAAAUAAUCAUGCAACAUAGUGCCAUCAGUAGGGGGGAAAACGAACUAUUUUAAUGUGUUAAAAUUCCUUUUGGAAUGAUUACUUUCGUUUACUGCAUAGCCGUUUUGCGUUUCACGAGGAAAAGCGUUCUAUGAACAAAAAAGAAUAUUACAAUGAAAUUAGCGUAUAGAGACGUACAUAAUAUACUUUGAGAUAUAAAACAUGAGGUAACAAAACUCUUUGCACACAAAACAGGAAACGUCCGUAAAAGUAGCGAGACGAACGACAAUGGUCGAAAAACAUUAGGUUUUAUUACUGUUCCAUCACGUAAUAUUUUUGUUGUGAGGAAGAAAAAAGAAAAAGAAGGGGGCGAACAAAGCAAGGAAAACCUAUCGAUGGUUGUAGAAAUGUUUCUUGUUUGAACCAAUUUUGUCGCAAGUAGAUAUUAAGCUUUUUUACGUAUUUACAUUACACAUAUAUAUAUAGGGUAUAUAUAAUAUGCAAGGGUGAUGCAAAAUCAAGAAUAAAGGUAAUCGGCGAAUAUACUAAAUUUUAUUUUUGUACACUAAAAGAAAUCGAGCAAACCUAUAACCUACACCGCGAAUUUGAUUGUGCACACCCUUUUUAACGAAGCAGAGAAGCCUUUUAAAAUCACACAUUUUGUAUCUAUAUUUAAUGAACAUUUUAGGUCAAACUGUUCAGGACAUACUUUCCUCCCAUGUUCGCAUAAUACAAGACGUUGGCUGAUGUCACCAAAUGAUCUUAAACCGAACACAUACAUACAUGUGUAUAUGAAAUUAUAGUUAUACACGGGGCAUUUUGUUGAAAAAAAGAAAAAAGAAACAACCGGACAAUAGCGUUUCGUCAAUGAGGUCGCGCAUGAGUUCUACAACAUCUUACGAGCUCCAAAACCAGCUCCUUUGAUUCCUUUGAGUCGAAAAUGUAUUUGUUUGUUACAAGUAAAAAAAAGAGAGUCAAGAUUAUAGUUGGUUGGGUUUUAGUGAGAAUAAAUUAAAACAACAGAAAGUAAUGCACUGCACAACUGCCAGCAAACUGUAGGACGAUUUUGAUUGGCAAGAUGAAUUCUGAAUAGUAGUACUCCAACAUGUUGUUUCCUUCCUACCUGCGCGCACUGUCUAUCAUACUCACCAACUUUUACGAACAAAUUCUUGUAACACUAAUAUCCAAUCACUUUUAAUUCUUCGAUUAGUCCACGUAUAUCGAAUGCAAAUUGUAUGCAAGUAAUACCAGCAGUACAUGCUCUGCACGCGCGCGACAAAGAAAUUUAACCAUGGUCCGGCACCGUGUUUCAAUAAUUUUUCUCAUAUUCCUUAUACAAUUCAAAAGGAACGUAUAGUUCGGAACUGAAUGCAAUCUUUUUAGACAUAACUAAAAACCUUUACACUAUGAAUUCACACACACACCUUUUCAAGCAAAAUAAUAGCAUAAAAAAAGAAGAAGAAGAUUGAAGUAUGUCGAAAUAAAUCUUAAAUCCAGGGAGUCCUACUACUACUAUACAUGUAUAUGAAUGAAAAUACACAUACAAUUUGUAAAGUACAGUUCUAGCUUUAACAUUAAAUCCAACAGCGAGUCUGCAGAAUUUUCUAUUUUUGUAGUUCGAUAUUAUUGUGUGUAUGCAUUAAAGAAUAUAUACAUACAUACACUUGCGUUACAUAUAAAUAUAUACUCCUUAUCGAAAAGUAAUCGUCCUGAUUGGAGGAGACCAGCCAGACAGGCCAUCAGUAGCCAGGCAAAAGCUGCAAAAGAAUCAACCUGAUAAGAAUGGGAAACCGAAAACAAGCGUACGGAUCUAAAUGCAAAAAAAAACCCAAUGUUCACAAUAAUAUUUGAGAUCAAUUUGAUAAUAAUAUAAAUCACAAUGCAAUUAUAAAAUGCUCACGAUUAUACAAUUUUAACUGACAUUGAAUGGGUACGAUUCGAUCACAUUGGGAGCGGAUGGGACAGAGGGGGAAGGAAAGAGGAGAACAGAGCCUCUCGUACAUUAUCUUAAGCGCGAGUGUAUUUGAUGGAACGAAUCGUGCUACCUUUCUUCUUCGAGUGAAAAGUACCGUAUCAGAGCUAUCGGAUUUAGAAACAAUGCAAUCACACCUGUUGUGUAACAUCUUACUAACGAUCUUCUUCACAUCUUCUACAUGCAUUAAAACCUCCUCCCCCCUUCCCUCACCACAUCCUGUUCUAAAUGAAAAAAAAAAAAACAGAAAAUCUGCACUCAGUACAGUGGAAGCAUGUACAAAAUCUAAAAUAACAUAGAACUUACUCUACUUACUAAGCACACGUAUGAAAUAUUUAUAUGAAACAAGAAUAGUAGACAAAUAUUUAAAUCAAUUCUAAUGAUGUAUUCUUCAGAUUCUCAUUCUGCGUUUCUCCAAAAUACAAUAAUAUAUAUAUGAUGAACCGUUUAAAUCCCCAUACAAAGUAAAGCAAGUAAUAGGGGAGGACCCAAAUAACGCAGAUGAGGAAAGUAAAGAACGAAAGGUGAAAAAAAAACAAGAAGGGAAAAUAAUAAACGAAAGGAAGAGCAGAUCUGCGAGAGUUCAUUUCAAAGUUGCUGUUUCGCGGGGUUGUACAACUAUUAAAAGUCACAACAACAACAAAAACAACAGACGUUGGAUGGUGUGGUGUUUUAUUGAAUGAAAAAAAAAGCUAUUUACAUGCCUACUAUACCGUGUUAAUACGAAUUUUAUAAUGUACUUCUUAUGUAUACAAAAGCAGAGCUAAGCCACCAAGCUUGGCUGAGAGACAGAAAGUAAUAGGAUGAUGGUAAACCAAAAAGGGCUACUCUUAUCUCUCUACGCCGUACAAUAACAUCACACAAGCUCAGCCAUUCGUGUGGAUAAAUGUGGAUAUACCAUCAGAGCAUUUAGAGAAUAUUUCCAACACUUAUUACACGAUCGAUCCAAAAAAACAUUAGGAAUCGAUGCUCUAGUAAAGUGUGUCCAGCAGCAGCAGCAGCAGUAGCAGGGAUGCUUCAUUCGGGGGGAUGCAAAAUGGCAUGAAAAAUUUAUCUUAUUUUACUCAGAGUCAAAUAUUUAAUGCAGCGGCAGCGGCGCACGCACGCACCAUAUACCAGUAAUAGUCAAAACCAUCUCUUGCCUAAUAGUUUUCAUAUUUAGCGUUAUGGACAGCACCACUACUUAUAGCAGGAAGAUAUAUUGGGCGGAGAGGGAGGGAAGCGUAUUAUUAAUCUUACCCAAACCAAGGCAAGUCCCUCCUCUGUACCGGCAAAUCUGUGGGAAAUAUGGAAAAAGAGAGAUAUAGAGGGGAGAGUAAGAGUGCGAGUAGUCAUAGCAUAGCAAUCGUUGAGCAGAAGAAAGGUAGAUGAAAUUAAAAUGUGCCAUGCAGCAGCAGCAGAUGUUUGAGUAUUUGUUUUAUUUUCCCCCUUUUCUGUGCGUACAUUAGUGCCGUGGUUAAUAAUAACCGUUCAGGGUAGCUAUUCAACGGUUUAACAGCUUCUUCUGAUACUGGUCCAAUGUGGUUGCGGGUAAUUUAGUUCAUGCCGAAAUGUAAUGAAAGACCCUCCUGCAGACAAUGCAGCUGCCAUUUCCAUUCAUUUCGAUAACACCCGACCCAGACCAUCCUUUUUCCGCGGAAAUAUGUCUUUUCUGACAUUCCGUUUUUAUUAACUCUGUUUCAAAGUGUAUGUACUGCUGCAGUGUCAGGGCCAGCAUUCGGUUGAGUGUGAGCUGCUUGCUAUACUCUACCCUAGUGAUGGGCGUUUCGGAGCGCACCAACAGCUCCGGAGCCGGCUCCGGACUAACGGCUCGGGAGCCGGCUCCAACUUUUUCCCGGAGCCGGCUCCGCACCAACGGCUCCGGAGCCGGCUCCGCUCCGACGGCUCCGGAGCCGCCUCCGCACCAACGGCUCCGGAGCCGGCUCCGCAGCAACGGCUCCACACCAACGGCUCCGGAGCCGGCUCCGCACCAACGGCUCCGGAGCCGGCUCUGCUCCGACGGCUCCGGAGCCGACUCCGCACCCACGGCUCCGGACCAACGGCUCCGCACUAACGGUUCAAUAGAGACAUCAUUGUAUGAUAGCGUACUGAAAAAUGAAUAUAUAUUCUCGCACGUGUGGAAGCUAACACACGGUACGAUUGCAGUAUUGACAUGCAUGACGUUGUGUAGCAUUCGUUAGUCUCGUCUUUCUUAACAAUAUUCAACACUAAUCGAUAUUUUUUUGAUAAAUUCUUUUAAACAUGACGUACUCCGUUAUUUACGGAUUUCCUCGAUUGAAACUUCAUUGAAAAAGUUCUUUUGGUCCUUUGUGUUAAAACCGUCUCCGGAGCCGUUGGUGCGGAGCCGGUUCCGGAGCCGUUGGAGCGGAGCCGGCUCCGGAGCCGUCGGAGCGGAGCCGGCUCCGGAGCCGUUGGUGCGGAGCCGGCUCCGGAGCCGGCUCCGAAAUUGCCUGGAGCCGGUCGGAGCCGGCUUCGGCUUCGGAGCCGUUUUGCCCAUCACUACUCUACCCGACUGGGGGUAGCCCAUUGUUUUCCCAAUAUGUGAAACCACUUUACCACCACAAUUGGCACAGAUUGCGGAAGGCUGUAGGGCAGCAUAGAACAAACCAUUUUCGAGAUAUUUAGAACACCCGGAGAAACAUUCUAACGAACGACAUGAUACCGCAUUCGCUUUAGGCAUAGGUUCAGUUAGUAUACUUACAUUACGGUUUUUGUAGUUAGCAAUAUUUGGACAGCCUUUCGAUUUCACGCUAAGUCUUAUUAGGCGCACGUUGAAAGUAUUUUAACACCCAUCCCCUCUCCCCCUUUCUAAUGUUUGGCGUUUGCCUCCCGUUGGUGUGUGAUGAUAAUAGAAAAGAGAGAAAAAAAUACAAAAAAGAAGAAAAAAAAAACACAACAAAAUAGUUCGUGUGUGUGAUGAUGGAAAACCACCUCACCUGUGUACCACAUUUCGAAAACGGGCGUACGACAACGCUGCUAAAAAUUGCGUCUUGUGCGUGCGCAGUUGUAGUGAGGUGGGGAGAUACAUUUGAAAAAAGAUAGCGAUUUUUGAUUUUGUGAAAUUUUGUAUUUUAUUUUAUACUUUACCCAAACAACAAGUUAGGAUUGUGUUAAGUGAGGAAAAGUUAAACUUUACUAUAAUUUUACUAUUGAUGUAGUGCCUUUUGCACGGUUUAGUGUUAAUAUUUUGUUCGCUUUUACACACAAAAAAUGUACAUAAAUUUUAUAUAGAAAUAUAUUAUAUACAUACAAAUUAUACAAGCAGGAAUUUACAAAAGGAAUGAAUAAAGUUUUACAGUUUUAUUUACCUUAUCA